GGUAUUACAUGGGGCGCCGUCCUAUUGUCCUCUUGUCUGAACCAGAAGCUAUUAAACAGGUUCUGCAGAAGGAUUUCAGUAACUUCACAAAUAGGAUGGUGAGUUGUUUCCUCCAAUGGUAACAAAAAAUGUGCAAAGGCCCUACAAUAAAUAGUCUGGUCUGUCCUCUUACAAAGAGAGAUUAACUAGGAUCAAAGUAUGGUCAAAAUGAGAAUAUGAAUACAUCAUUUGGAAUGCAUUCAUUAUCUUGUAUAAAAAGGUAAUUUAAAAAAAUAAUCCCUGCUUGUUAUGGUGUGAAUUUUGAAAGUCAUUUGUUAAGUUACUACAACCUCACAUUUUAAUGGUCGUUGCCCAUAUGCUCCUUUGUGUAAUAAUCAACCUAGUAGUUAAGAAAAGUAUCUCUGGGGUUCACUUUCUAGAGCUUUAGUAUUGCUGAAAAUCAUGCUCCUCUUAUCAGGUAAGUCAGUAGUACAAGCAGGUAGCUGUCCUGCUGUAGGUCCACAUCUGUAUCGAUACUGUUGGCCAACUGUAAAGAAGGUAAAUCUGUCUGUAUAGCUCUGUAUUGUUUGUAGCUGUAGCAAGACUGAUUUGCCUUCCUGAAAUGUGUACUCUUUGAUGCCUCUCUGCAGAAGUUGAACUUGGUGACUAAGCCAAUGAGUGACAGUCUGUUGUGUCUACGCGAUGAGAAGUGGAAGCGUGUUCGCAGUGUGCUUACACCAUCGUUCAGUGCAGUACGCAUGAAAGAGGUGAGUCCACCAUGCAGCAGUACACAGGACUUUUACAUUGUAUUGGUAGCCAACAAGUGUCUUUUCUACCUGUGCUGUAGUACGAUGCCUUGACCUCCCAAGAGUUGUAGUCCACUGGAGAGAGCUUGAUAUCUUUUGGUCAGGAAUUGUUGAAGAUAAUAUUAAAGAAUACACACAUUCUUAACUUAUUGUUCACUCACUUAUACUUCUUGUUACGAAUGCUGGUAUAGUAAAUACCCUGUUCGCCUAUUCCUCCCGAACUGCUGAGCCUGAGUGAUUAUAGCUGCAGUUCGGGUGUAGAUCCAAAUAGUUCCAGACGAAUGUAGCAUCCAAGUAGUUUCUCCCCAGCAAGUAGACAAUAACCCAAACAUGAGCCUAGACUUCAUGAAGGGUACAACAUGAAUGAAUUUUAAUGGCCACACUGGCUUUUAUGCAAGUCCUGAUGCAAGGGGCACUCCCACAUGGACCUUGUGGGGGACAGGGACACAAAGGUUACAGCCAAUAAUAUUACAGUGACAAAGUGUGACACUUCCAAUACAAACAGAUAAUUCCCUCCUCUCUGCAUGUGAGAUAAUUGAAUCAGCUAGAUUAAUAACCCAAUUAUCUCCAGGCAGUAAACACAUAUUUUCCCCAGAUUUUACCCUAAAACACAUAACAUCCCCAUAAAUGGCAUAUCCUCUGAUAGCCCUGAUCUGGGUGACCAACAUAUCCAAAGAUUACCCAGAUCAGCUCAGGGGUUUUUGAAUUUUAUGGAAGUUCCAUUUGUAACGACCGCACACGAGUCUACUGCCCAGAAACAAUUCCAUGAGUUUAGGCUGUGCGGUCGGUCUAUUUAGAAAAGUCACAAACACAAAAUAAUACAUGAACGGAUCCCCCUGACACAUAGUAGCGAUUGUUCUCCUUGUUCAUGGGAACCAAACUACCGAACAGCGCUCUCCUAGCUGUUCGGGAAAAGGAAGCAGGCGUUUGUAUAGUUUGACCGGUGUUCAGGAAGUCUAAUGUCCAAUUUUAGUUCCAGACACUUUAGUCCCGCUGCCUCCUUUCAUGCAAACAAGAUGGCUGACGUUUUUUCUCGCACGUCGCAUUCGCCUAUACAGGGAGUGCAGAAUUAUUAGGCAAGUUGUAUUUUUGAGGAUUAAUUUUAUUAUUGAACAACAACCAUGUUCUCAAUGAACCCAAAAAACUCAUUAAUAUCAAAGCUGAAUAUUUUUGGAAGUAGUUUUUAGUUUGUUUUUAGUUUUAGCUAUGUUAGGGGGAUAUCUGUGUGUGCAGGUGACUAUUACUGUGCAUAAUUAUUAGGCAACUUAACAAAAAACAAAUAUAUACCCAUUUCAAUUAUUUAUUAUUACCAGUGAAACCAAUAUAACAUCUCAACAUUCACAAAUAUACAUUUCUGACAUUCAAAAACAAAACAAAUCAGUGACCAAUAUAGCCACCUUUCUUUGCAAGGACACUCAAAAGCCUGCCAUCCAUGGAUUCUGUCAGUGUUUUGAUCUGUUCUCCAUCAACAUUGCGUGCAGCAGCAACCACAGCCUCCCAGACACUGUUCAGAGAGGUGUACUGUUUUCCCUCCUUGUAAAUCUCACAUUUGAUGAUGGACCACAGGUUCUCAAUGGGGUUCAGAUCAGGUGAACAAUGAGGGCAUGUCAUUAGAUUUUCUUCUUUUAUACCCUUUCUUGCCAGCCACGCUGUGGAGUACUUGGACGCGUGUGAUGGAGCAUUGUCCUGCAUGAAAAUCAUGUUUUUCUUGAAGGAUGCAGACUUCUUCCUGUACCACUGCUUGAAGAAGGUGUCUUCCAGGAACUGGCAGUAGGACUGGGAGUUGAGCUUGACUCCAUCCUCAACCCGAAAAGGCCCCACAAGCUCAUCUUUGAUGAUACCAGCCCAAACCAGUACUCCACCUCCACCUUGCUGGCGUCUGAGUCGGACUGGAGCUCUCUGCCCUUUACCAAUCCAGCCACGGGCCCAUCCAUCUGGCCCAUCAAGACUCACUCUCAUUUCAUCAGUCCAUAAAACCUUAGAAAAAUCAGUCUUGAGAUAUUUCUUGGCCCAGUCUUGACGUUUCAGCUUGUGUGUCUUGUUCAGUGGUGGUCGUCUUUCAGCCUUUCUUACCUUGGCCAUGUCUCUGAGUAUUGCACACCUUGUGCUUUUGGGCACUCCAGUGAUGUUGCAGCUCUGAAAUAUGGCCAAACUGGUGGCAAGUGGCAUCGUGGCAGCUGCACGCUUGACUUUUCUCAGUUCAUGGGCAGUUAUUUUGCGCCUUGGUUUUUCCACACGCUUCUUGCGACCCUGUUGACUAUUUUGAAUGAAACGCUUGAUUGUUCGAUGAUCACGCUUCAGAAGCUUUGCAAUUUUAAGAGUGCUGCAUCCCUCUGCAAGAUAUCUCACUAUUUUUGACUUUUCUGAGCCUGUCAAGUCCUUCUUUUGACCCAUUUUGCCAAAGGAAAGGAAGUUGCCUAAUAAUUAUGCACACCUGAUAUAGGGUGUUGAUGUCAUUAGACCACACCCCUUCUCAUUACAGAGAUGCACAUCACCUAAUAUGCUUAAUUGGUAGUAGGCUUUCGAUCCUAUACAGCUUGGAGUAAGACAACAUGCAUAAAGAGGAUGAUGUGGUCAAAAUACUCAAUUGCCUAAUAAUUCUGCACUCCCUGUAUGAAUGACGGCCACACAGGGAGAGCGCUUAAUUGACAGUUUCCUUUGAAGAUAAUGAGUCAGGGAGGGUGGUUGGUGUUCGGUAAUUACAGCUACCGAACCAAUAAAACAUAGAAAGUCCCGAAUUGCAUGCUAUUUUCUUCUCACAUCUGUACUUCUGCUCCAUGUGUCAAUGCAGGCUUCUUAUCUAAGUCAGUAAAACAGACUAUUUCUGUAACGUAAUACGUAUACAAGUCAUUAUAUUUAUAAUAAACUUGGCUUUUAUUAAACUUGACUUAGAUAGGCAUUAGGGGACACUCAAGAAUCAUAACUUUAAUGUUUCCUCAUCCAGUCUGUUGGAAGAGGUUCACACUCACUGUACUUAAUAUUGGUGCUAAAGGAGAUCAGUACUAAUAAGAAUAAGGACAUGUCUAACUCUAUGUCUUCCGGUUGGAAAUUCUGCUUUCCUCUCUAUCUCUUUCUGUCGUUUUUUCAAUCUCUCCCUCCCUCCCCUCCCUCUUCUCGCUCUCCUCAUCACUCUUACUAAGGAAUACCUUUAUAUCAUAGAUGUGCCCUCUUAUAAACCAAGGCUGUGAUGUGUUGGUGACCAACCUUCAGAAAUAUGCAGAGACUGGAGACCCUUGUCCUGUUCAAAGGUAAGAGCUUUACACUGUGUUGGCUAGAACUGGUUUCAGUAUCCUGGAUUGUCAAUAUAAGGUAUAAUGCAUGCCUUUAAGAUUUACAGUCCUCAAUUACAUUAAACAUUCUCCAUAAUUCAUUCAGUUUUUAUUUGUAUUAAUUGAUUUCAGCAUGACCACCUUUGAAUUCUAUAUUGUGUUAAUAGUUACAGCAAUCCAUUAGGCACAGUUUAACUUUUAGGUGUCAAACUGGUUUUAAUGGAGCUAAAGAUAAUUUACAAAUGCCACCACCCCUUGUUUGCAUCUAAGCAAGGGACUAUUUUGUGGUAGCCGAUAUAUGAUUCAAUGAAGUGAUUAGACUAAGCAGAAGUAGAUAUAGAAUUUAACUGACCACUGAAAAGUAUGUUAAACCAUGUGCUCCAUUACUUUAAAUAAGUACAUAAGUAAUGGUCGGAUGUUCCCACUGUUUAUGCAGAUCUGCUUAAGUUUAUGUAUGGAAUUUGUUCAAGUACUGUGUUGAAAACAAUUUGAUGAUAAUGGGAAAUAUUCAUUAAUGAGUAAAAGUUUGUGGACCAUUCAGUAGUUUGUGGACCACUGCUCGGCAAUGGACACCCUCAUAUUUUAUUUAAGAGUUUGCUGGUGUAUUAAGGAAUUCAUUUGUUUAUUUUUAAUGAUUGAAAAUGCUCCGAAAUUGUGGUGCUCAAUGGUUGGAAUGUAGAUAUUUUAUUGGAAUUGUUUUGGGUUUUUUUUUUUUUUUAUUUAUGUCAAAAUUAAAUUUUUUACUUAUAUUUUCAAACUAUAAUUUUCAAGUUACCACAUUGAUCAUCCAUGUAGUUUACGUUACUAUGCAACAUUUUUUAUAUUCAGAAAUAGAACAUGAACACAUAUGUUACUUUAUUUCUAGUAAUGCAUAAAGGAGUGUGGAAUUGAGGGAGCUUCCAGCAAGAAUUUGGGAUAUAAUUAAAAGGCAUACAUUCAAUAUACAUUUGUCUAUAGCAAAUGUGUUUUUGGCGACCAGUGACUUCAUUAUUAUCCUCCAGGGGAGGUCUGGCAACCUUUGGCCUAUGGCACGAGUACAAAUUAAUGGUCGAUUUGUUUUGUGAAGCUCACAGAUCUCAGUGAGUGUGGAUGAUCCUACUAAUGUAUGUGUAUGACUCAUGCAAUAUAUAUAGACUUGACAUAUGGCAGGUGUGCCGUCAUAUAUAACCUCUAUCAGCAUGACCUACACAGUAUGAAUUAACUUUUACAGAGAUCUGUGUAUGCUGAGAGACACAGACUAUGUUUCUCACCAUUGAUUCCACUGUGUUACUCUGUCUUGAUCACAAUCUAAUCUCACACUACUGUCACUGGCAAAUACCUCCAGGAACAUCAUCCAGACACAUGCAUAUUUAUUGUAGUCUGUAGUCUGUAAUAUAUUCCAAGACAUUCUAAUCAAGCUAGAGUAUAGACUAGAGCAGGAGUAGGCAACCUUUUUAGCAGUACUGUGCAGAUAUAGGAUUGUGAUGUCCCGUAGCGUGCCGGUCCUAUUUUUUAAAAUUGAGGUGUGUAUGUUGCCGUUUUCUGCUUGCGUUGUUUAUACUGUAAUUGCUUUGUAUCAUUGUAUUUGUGUGUAUAUGAGCUAUUAGAUUGAAUAUGUUCAUUAGUAGUUUAUGGUAUUGUGUAUGAUACAUAUAAAUGUGGGCUGUGUAUGAGGGCUACUUGUGGAAUUGUGUGUGGAUGGAUAUGUCACAUUGUGUGUUUGGUAGUGUGUGUUGGCUGUUUGGGGUAUUGCAUGUGAGAGGCUGCAUGUGGGGUUGUGUGCAUGUAUGUGGAUUGUUAGCGGGUUAUGUUUGUGGGAAUUGUGUGUAUGUUUGUGUGUAGGCUGUUCAUCUUAUUUGUAUGAGGGGAGGGUUAUUCUGCAUUUCUGUGUAUAUCUAGCAGUGUGGGUGGCUUCCUUGGGUUCCAGUGGGGACCAGGCUGUCCUGGUACAGGUCAAGGACAGGAGCAGUAACAGCAGCUGCAGGCUGCUCCACUAAAGUAUGGAUUCCCAUUCACAAGUGCUGGGAGAAAGUGAUCUGAGAUCACUUCCUCUAUGUGCUGCAAUGCAUAAAUUGAGGAUUGUCCUUCACCACCUUUUUCGUAUUAGCAGAUAUCUGAAGUUUCACUGGGACUUCUGAUAGGCCACAGCAUGUUUGGCUCUAGCGGCCUUGAGUGCCGUGCAAAGACACCUUGAGUGCCGUGCAUGGCACUAGAGCCGUAGGUUGCCUACCCCUGGACUAGAGUAUAAUGUAUUCUGCAGUAGUUUAGCUAUAAAUAUAUUUUCUGUUAUACAGUUACUUACUCAACUUGUUUCAUGUAAAUGACCUACCUGGUAGAAAACAGAGUAAUAACCCACUAACCUUCAUUUGACAUUAGGUUAAUUUUUAAUUGAUAUUGUCCCUAGAAUGAAAGUACUUGGAUAUUUAAAGGAGAACUUUGACAUCCCUGGAUUUUUAAUACUAGGGUUGCUUAUAUGCUAUAUUUAAAGAAACCACUAUAGGAUCAGGAACACAAACAUGUAUUCCUGAUCCUAUAGUGUUAAACUAACAAUGUAGCCCCCCUGGCUCCCCCUUAGCAACCUAAUUAUAGUAAAACAUAUCUCUAUGAGGAAAGUUCAGUGUCUCUAUGCAGAGGGUGGAGACACUGAAUGUCAGUGAUGCACACUGUGCAGCACUUCCCCAGGAAGCACCUAUAGUGGCCAUCUGAGGAGUGACCAGUGGAGGUAUCACUAGGCUGUAAUGUAAACACUGCAUUUUCUCUGAAUAGACCAUGUUUAGUGCAAAAAGCCUGAAGGGAAUGAUUAUACUCACCAGAACAAAUGCAAUAGGCUGUAGUUGUUUUUGUGACUAUAGUGUCCCCUUAAAGGAGCACUAUAGGCACUGUAACAAUUUCAUCUAAUUAAAUUAGUUAUAGUGCCUGGAGUCCCCUGGCACCAUCUCUCCAUUCAGUGUUAAUCCAUUUUUGAGCAGUUGAACACUGAAUAAGGGUCCCUGGACACCCACAUGCCUGCCCAUACUUGGAGGUAUGGCUACAGCAGAGAUGACAUGUUUCCUUCUAGCCAUACCAGUUCAUACCAGCAAUGCAUGCUGUGAUAGGCUGGAAGUCAUCAGCUGACACUCUCAGUUAAUCACAGCCACCCAAUGCUGCUCAGACUAAUGCUUCCUCAUUAGAUCAAACAGCACAGAGGGGAUGAGCUGGUGUAUACUCUUGUUUGGCAUUAAAACGUUUUAAUGCUGACUAGGAAAGCAUUGUAACUGACUCAUAUCAUUGAAGUAGUUAAGAGUGUCUGGAGUUCCCUGGUAUUUGUGAGGUCUGAAAAAUGAAAAUUUAAUAUAUAAAAAAAAAAAACAGGGUGCAAGAGAAUACAAUCAUUUUGGCCAUGUUAUUGAGGUAUAGCUGAUACCCCUCUAGGCACUGUGAGCAAGGGGUCCAUGUCUGGUUUGCCUUUUUAACCCCUUAAGGACUGGACUGUUUUUGCGAUGUUGUACAUUUGCGACCAGGCAUAUUUUUACACUUUUGUGGUGUUUGUGUUUGGCUGUAAUUUUCCGCUUUCUCAUUUACUGUUCCCAUACAAAUUAUAUAUUGUUUUUUUCAGGACAAAAGGGGCUUUCUUUACAUACCAUUAUUUAUAUAAUCUCAUGUAUUUUAAUUUAAAAAAAAUAUCUGAUGAAAAAUUGAAAAAAAUACAUGUUUUUUGACUUUUACUUGAAAAAUCUUUUACUCAUCUACAAAAGCGAAUGAAAAAAACUGCUAAAUAGAUUCAAAAUUUUGUCCUGAGUUUAAAAAUACCUAGUGUUUACGUGCUUUUUUGCUUUUUUUUGCAUGUUAUAGGGCUAUAGGUACAAGUAGGAUAUUGCGGUUUCAAAACAUACAUUUUUAAAAUUUAUCAAUAGUGACAUUGUAACACUAUUAUCUGUCAUAAAUCUCUGAAUAACACCCCACAUGUACAUAUUUUUUUUAAAGUAGACAACCCAGGGUAUUCAAUAUGGGGUAUGUCCAGUCUUUUUUAGUAGCCACUUAGUCGAAAACACUGGCCAAAGUAAGCAUUCAUAUUUGUUUGUGUGUGAAAAAAGUAAAAAAACUAAAUUGAACGCUAAUUUUGGCCAGUGUUUGUGACCAAGUGGUUACUAAAAAGACUGGACAUACCCCAUUUGCAAUACCUUGGGUUGUCUUCUUUUGCAAAUGGUAUGCCAUCAUGGGGGUAAUUCUCAUUCCUGGGCUACCAUACGCUCUCAAAGGCAACGUAACCAACCUGGCCAUUUUCAAUGUAAAAAUAUUUGACCCAUAUAUUUGACCUUGUAACUUUCAAAAAUGCUAUAAAACCUGUACAUGGGGGUACUGUUUUACUCGGGAGACAUCGCUGAACACAAAUAUUAGUGUUUAAAAACUGGAAAACAUAUCACAACAAUUAUAUCAUCAGUAAAAGUGCUGUUUGUGUGUGAAAAAUGCAAAAAAAGUAACUUUCACUGACAAUAUCAUCACUGUGAUAUGUUUUACUGUUUUGAAUCACUAAUAUUUGUGUUCAGCGAAGUCUCCCGAGUAAAACAGUACCCCCCAUGUACAGGUUUUAGGGUGUCGUAGAACGUUACAGGGUAAAAUACAGUGCUAACAAAUUAAAUUCUCUGGAAUUUCGGCCUGGGUUGGCAGGCAGGUCCCUCAAAUUGCAAUCAAUAAAAUUACUGAAUUAUGUAAAAAUAUUACAUAAAUACGCACGUAGAAUUUAAAUAUAUAUGCAUAUUUAUAUAUUUGAAGUCUACGUGUAUAUUUAUAUAAUUAUUUAUGUAAUUUUGUAUAUGGACGUAUGUAUAUUUCUUAUUAUUUUUAUUUAUUUUUAUAUACAUAGAUAUAUAUACAAAUUCAUUCUAAGUGUAUUUUGAUAUAAAUAUAUAUAUAUUAAUUUUAAAAUACAGUUAGAAUAAAAUUUCAUAUAGCUAUAUAAUUUUUUUUAAAUUUUGUAUUAUUAUUUAAAAAAAAUGUUUAUUUAAUUUAAAUUACUUAUUAUUUAUAUUUUAUAAUAAUAUAUAUAUACAAUAUAUAUAGUUAUUAUAUAUAUUAUAUAUAUACGUGUGUAAUUUAAUUAUAAGUGUAUUUUUAUAUUAAUAUAAGUACAUAUUAAUAUAAAAAUACACUUAGUAUGACAUUAUAUAUAUAUGAUAUAUAGACAUAUAUUAUAUAGAUAUAAUAUAUGUCUAUAUAUCAUAUAUACACAUAUAUAAUUAUUUAUUUAUUUUUUAUUAACAUUAACUUUAUUUUAUUUUUUUGAUUUUACACUAGCAGGGAGACUGCCUGUCAGCACAGACAGUCCCCCUGCAGGCAGACACAUGGACACCUAUUGUGACCAUGUGAUCGCUGUGUUAAGCGAUCACAUGGCCACAGGGGUCCUAAUCUGCCGUGGGGAGACUGUCUGGGCUGCAGGCAGUCUCCCCACAACCGGAGCCACGCUGAUCGCCGCCGGGGGAACGACGGCGAUCAGGUAAGUAGCUCUGACCGUUAGGACGGUUCAGGACCGUCAUCGGUCGGCAACGCAAAAAUGCCGAUGACGGUCCUGAACCGUCCUGGGUCCUUAAGGGGUUAAACUUUGGUAGAGAAAAAAAACAGAGUGAAUACUGAGAACGAACAGCAGCCCAAGUAGCUUGCCCUUCGAUUAGUUUCCACUAAGAUCUUUAGCUCAUCUAGUGCCAUUACAAAGAGACCCUAAUCCAUUUGUAUAUCAGACUGAUCCCAGCCAAAAGGGCGGUCCAGAUCCAAAAUGCAAGCCAACUCUCUCUGCACAAGAGAUGCAACAAACUCACAAUCAAUCCACGUUUGUGUCCUGCAACUGGACUUCUACAUCUUAGCUUCCUCUCAAAGCAUACAGAAAAGGGGAGACUUAACACAAUGUAGAAGAUUUAGCAAAGUGUUCCAUUAAAAAUGUAAAAAAAUUUUUAAUGGUGUAAAGUACUAAUAGUGGAACAGCCACAAUGGGAGCCAGUUGAGCCAACAGGUACAUUCCAUUGUUAACUCCUCCUCGUUUACAUUUAUCUUUUUUUUUAAGAACACUUUGAUAAAUUUCCAACAAUGUUUUAAUUUCUCCUCCUCAUUUGAAAUGUGUGCCCUAGCUGUGCCUAGACUAAACUUGAUUGUAAUAUAAUUUGUUCAGUCUUUAAAAUAAAUGUAAAAAUAAAUUGAAUAUGACAAGAAGCAAAAAAAAAAAGAUUAACUCCAAUUAUAGAUGAUUUUACAAAGUUUUAUUUAAUGAUGCUUUUUCCAUACAGGUUACAUUCUAGUUUAAAUAUGCAAAUAUAUUCUUUGCCAUAUUUUAGCUUGUAAGUUGUGAGGGAAAAGUACUUCUUUAGUUGGCGAUUACAUCUUACAGGAUGAUAUUGUUGCCCCUCUGUCUUAACCUUUCAAGAGAAAAUCCGCUAAUAUGUAGAAGUGAUUAUCCUUCAAAUAUCCCUGUUUUUAACUUUUCAGGAAUUACGCAUGUUUCACAAUGGAUGUCGUUGUCAGUGUGGCAUUUGGUACUAAAGUUGAUUCUCAGAAAGACCCUGAUCAUCCUCUGGUGCAAAACAGCAAGAAGUUCAUGGAGCUUUUCACCCCAUUCAAACCUCUAGUGCUACUGUCAUGUAAGACUUGGUAUUUUGCGGGAUACUUGAAAUUCUGGCAGUAGGUCAAAUCUCUGUUUGCUUUCAGAGCAUUUAUAAUGAAUUGUAUCCGAAAGAGAUGUUUCUAUAAUGUUUAAAUUAUUUGUUCACUAAACAGUUAGCUGUAGAUUGCUAACAGUUAUUUAUCAAUAAGUAGGCUAACUUGGAAAUGAUCUUCGUGUCGAUUGAGUUGGAAAAUUUGUUCAUCAAUUUUGAUCCAUUCUGGAUGUUGAUUGUCAAAUUCCUGCUGAGAGAAUAAAUCCUGUUGAGUACAAAGCGGCAAAAAUUUGACUUUCGUUUAUUUUACCUUUUUGAAUGCUGAUGUGAUCUUUUCCAGACAGGAUUACUUAGACAGAAUAUACACAAAAUCCCAGUGUGUACCAAUAAUACAGCACACUCACAACAUCUGUGUGAUAUCCUCUCAAUCCACACCAAUAGAAAAAUCAAAACACAAUAGGUGGAGUGUAUUGACUCAGGGAGAUAAUAGAUGGUAGUAUGAUAAUACAAAGAUUAGUAUAAUCUGCAGUAGGAAAAAAACAGAAGAGACAAAAUCCUAGUGCAAUAUUGUCUACACAUAUAGCUGUGGUAUAUACUUUUACAGUUAUGUACUCACAAAACGAGAGCCAGUCAUAUCAGGCUCAAAAUGUAAGCUUGGCGGGAUAUUUGUAAGGAUCCCACUCCCUUUUCUGUACGAUGAGUGGCUUCUCCUUUGCUUUCCAGUACAAAUUCACUGGAUGGCAAUUGCAGGAAAAGCAAUACUUUAUUUCUUAAAAAUAAAUAAAUAUAUAAGUUAAAAUCAAGUCCUUACAGUACAAAACGCAUUUCGCUUCUCCUGGAGGCUUCUUCAGUUGUGUAUAAGAUUUCCAAAAUCGCUUAUCCCUUUUACAUGCUGUUAAUUGUUUACACCCGAUGUUUCGUAGGGUGUCCGCGUCUUCAGUGUGACGUCAUUCUAAUGCUCUGUGUCAUCGUUGCGCUUACCUAACAGCCUUGCAUGUCCUGGCUGGAACACAUCGCUGCGUUCCAUCCCCGCUGUUCUAUUGUUGUCCAGCGCAAUGCUGCUUCCACUCUUUUCAAAUAAAACUUUUCCGAGACAUCACUUUAUGUAUAGCAGUCCAUUAAUACUUAUCUCCGAAAGUUCAUGACCAACAAUUAACCCAGGGUAAUAAGAGCAAAAACAGAAACAUAAGCACAAAUAUAUUAAAUAAUAAAAUGGAUUUGAAUACAAAAAAAGGAAUCUAUAUAUUUAUAAGGAGAAGGGCAUCACUCUAUAUCAGUUUUUCGAUCUAGUUGUGCUAAAAUGAUGAAGCACAAAAUGGAUUACCAAACUCUAAAAACUAAAAACAUAAGAUAUGAAAAUAUAUAUUUGAAACAUAUUGGAAAAUGGAAAUAUAAAUAGUAAAAUAGAUUGUAGAUAUAUGCUAGGCUUAAAAACCAUAUAGUAAAUUGUGGGUUACCUUCCCCAUUCCAUAAACAUAGGGAUAUAUAUUAUCUAUAAUAUUGAAAAAUAAAAUCUAAAACAUUUUUAAUAAGUCAAUAAAAAUGGCAAGUUUCUAAAUCGGAAUUAAGUCCAUGUGGGCUGAGUGUGUUAAAAUUAAAUUAAAUUUCGUCCCUGCCUAAUUUUUUAAUGUAAUUCCCUCCUCUCCAAUCUAUCUUUACUGCUUUUAAAACACAAAAAAGGCCCUCUGGAUUUUGACAAUGUGCCACUUUAAAGUGUUGUGAGACAAUGUGGGUAUCUAGACCUUUCUUGAUAUUUCGUAUAUGUUUUGCGCUCCUCACGUUUAGUUGUCUAAUGGUUCGGCCUAUAUAUAGGAGAUUACAUGGGCAUUUUAAGGCGUAUAUUACAUGGAAUGGCAUGUUAAAUGAUCUUUAAUUUUAAAUUGCUUAUUUAGAAUCUGACUUAAGUCUACCAAAUUUCUUUUAUUGCUUUUUGUUUCCCUACAUGGGAGACCGUUUCCACACCCAAAAAAGCUCAAAAGGUCCUUUAAAAAAUGUGUAGGUUUUCUGGUUUCUAAACAACCUUCUACUAAAAUAUUUUUAAAACUCUUUGUUCCCCUAUAGAUGAUUUUCUGUUUGGGGGGUAGAAUUUUAUUUAAAAUUGGGUCAUCUGUCAAAAUGUGCCAGUGUUUUUGAAUAUCUUGAUAAACUCUCCUAUUGUUUCCAUUGUAAUUACAGAUGAAAGGGGCCUCGUUCUUCCUCAGGGGAUAAAUUUUUUCUUUAUUUUUGGGGGGUUCUCUUCUUGGUGAAAUCCCACUCCUUCUAGAGCUUUACUGAGGUCAAUUUCCUCAUAACCUUUUUCUAAAAAUUGUUUUUUCAAGUGGUUGACUUGUUCUGCAUAGUCAUAGAUUGACUUAUUUUUCUUAGAUAACUAGAACCAUCUGCUAAUUAAUUUCCACUUUUCAUCCUCCUUCCUAGUGGCAUUUCCGUCAAUCAUGAUCCCCAUCGCCCGCAGGAUUCCAAAUAAAAAGCGUGACCAGAUAAACAGCUUCUUCCUCAAGGUCAUUCGAGACAUUAUUGCACAAAGAGAUGACCAGCCAGCUAAUGAGGUAUAGAGCAUUCCUUUCUCUCUGUACAGUGUUCACGCUGCUUUCCAAAUACAAUGAUUUGGUUAAUUAGCUGUAUUAGUGUAUAAUGAGCAGUGUGUAAAUGGCAUUUCACAGUCUUAAAAUAGAUGUUAUGAAAUUGCUGUUUGUUUUGCAAGCUGGGAUAAGCAAUUCUUCUUACUCAGAAAUGUAAUUUCUGAGCCAGUGGCUGAUAAAAAUGACUUGGAAUUACUUCAACAGCAGCCGGUUGUCCAUUUAUACAGAUAAUUUAUUACAAAGGCAUAUGUAGUGUCAUUCCCAUCAUGCUUAAUUUUUGUUACACUGUAGAAAUAUUACUAAUAUAUGUGAUUUGUGUAAUGGAUGCAUGAAAUGGUCACGUAAUAGCGGUAGUAAGUCACUGCAAUGGAAGGGUCAAUUUGGCUGCUACAGGAUAUGUGCCAUCUAUCAGAUCACAAGACCAGGUGUGCAGAAUGGAUCCCUCUCCUUUGAGGCCAGGCAUCUAGCUGUGUCCCUCUGGCCAGGUGUGAAAUCCACAGGACAUUUCAUGUGUGCUGCAGGCUCUAUGUAUUUUGGCAGUUUCUGCUUAAUAGACUAUGGGCCCUUUUGAUAUGCUAAUUGACCAUUAGCAGUCAUGAGCCAGGCUGUCUGCUAAGAGUCAUAUUGAAAAAACAUUAACAAUAUAACUGAGAAAAAUAAUCUUGCCUCCUGUUACACACAGUCAGAAUGCUGAUGGUAUUCCCUACAGAAGAAGUCCAAACAUGACUAACACCUUUAGCUAUUUGGGGGAAUGUUAGCUUUUAUAAGUUGGAGAUGGGUUUUGUAAGGUGUCUUUGGACACAUACAUUUUGAAAAUUCCAUUGAUUUAUUCCAUCCAAGAUUUAUUUCUGUCCCAGGUGUACAGCAAGAGAUAUGAACAUUGUUCUAAACUCUUAUAUACAAAUUGGUGUUGAAAUCAGCAAAAGGUGAGAUGGGAGGUGUAAUCAGCCUAGAAUUUCUAAAGUCGAGCCUAUCAUACGCCUUGUACCUCCUUUGGGGCCGACUUGGAAACUCUAUAUGGAGCAAAGGGUAUGAACUACAUGGCAUGUUAAUGAGCCGGCUGCUUUUUAGGGGCCAAGACCCAAUUUUGAGUAAGUUGCCAUUUUCCUUGCUGGAGAACCCCGGAACAGAAGAUACAAUUGAGCAACUAAGAUUUUGUAUUUUAUUUUUUUAUUUAAUUUUUAACUGUUUGUUGGUAUAAAUAAUGUUCUUAUCUGUUUAUUCUCAUGUAUACACUGUGACUAUUUUCUCAUAAUAAGUGUUCCUUUAAUUUCUGCCUUUGUAUAAACAUUCAGUUUCCUAAAGGGACAUAUUGAAUAAUAUUUUUUAUUCCAUAGAUAUUUUUAAAAGUUGUGUUGUGUGGAUUUUUAAAUCUUGUUUGGUGGGGUAACCUAAGGCGUCUCAUUUAUGAAUUACCUUGGUGGUAGCAGUUUUUAAUACAAGAGUUAAUUACGCAUUUUUUCAUUGGGGUUAUAUUUAAAAAACGCUUGCAAAAUCUGCUGUUCUGUUGUCUGCUGCUUUUGCAAACUCUCCCCUUUUAACCCAAUCCAUACAUUUUGAGUGUGUCAAAUCACAGACUUCCCAUUGCAGCUUAAUGAGAAGUCUGUGCAAGGCAUGUGCUCUGAGCAAUUUCUACCUCUUGAGUUUAGCUCCACUGAGUUAACCAAACCAGGAAGUAACAUUACCUGUUGUCUGCUUAAGAAAAUAGGAUUCAUUGUUGUUUUGGUUGUCUGGAAUGUCCAUUUAAGUUUCCAAUGUGUCUUGUUUUUGGGGCUAGAAUGUUAAAUUUACUUUGAAUUGACACUUUAGUGAAUAAGACAAUUUGUUUCUAGAUUGUUUAACUAAUACUCUUAUUAAUGCCAUUAGUAACGUUGUCUCUCUUGCUCAUCCCCCAGAGGCGCCGUGAUUUUCUUCAACUCAUGCUGGAUGCACGUGAUUCAUUCAGCAACAUCACUGUGGAGCAUUUUGACAUAGUCAACCAAGCUGACCUUUCUGCCCCAAGAGUGGAUCACCAGGAGGCCCGUAUGGCAAAUGCAGAUUCCCCUAAAAAGACAACCAAAACUCUGAAUGAGGAGGAGAUACUGGGCCAAGCUUUCCUGUUCCUCAUCGCUGGAUAUGAGACCACAUGCAGUCUGCUGUCAUUUGCCACUUAUUUACUAGCCAUUCACCCAGAGUGCCAGGACAAAGUGCUGAGAGAGGUGGACGAAUUUUCUGAAAAGCAUGUAAGUCUAGAAGUCACAGCCGCUAACUUUUUCACAGCUAAACAGGUUCAGAUUUACUGGAGAUAUAACCUUGUUGUGAGGACUUAGCCCAGCAGUCUUUGUGAUAGUUGUGUAGCUUCCUUAUCUGAACGCAAUACUAGACUUGCCUGAAAAGUUUAUAUUACUUGAUAUUGUAAAGUUGUGUUUAAAUUACAGGUGUUUAAAUCAAAUGAAAUUGUAUAUGCGGUUUGCUACAACAUCUACAACACUUGUUUCGGUACUCCCACUAACACCUGACCUUAAACACAUGCACAACACUUAUACGAUACAUUGUAGUGAAAAGACCAAAAUAUGUGAGCAGAGAACCCAAGUUACUAUAAACUUAAUGACACAUUCUUACUUUCAAAAGUGCGUUAUAACUCUUAAAAACACAUAAAGAAAAAUUAUAUAUGUAUUAUAGUAUUUUCCACCAAGUGUAAUAAUGUAAUUCUAAGCUAACGCUCUCGAGUCUCAGCCAAUGAAUGACCAGCAGAUUCGGCAUCUGGCUUCUGCAGCUCAGCAGAAGACGGAACGCGCGUCACAUGAUUUAGAGGAUGCUCUGCGUCCUUCUGCAUCCAAGUAAGAAGGCAAACCGUUGCAAAGCGGUUAGCAUCAUUAGCGUGGAAUAGCACUAGGAUUCUAAUUGCAUCAUGACCACUACACUGGGCUGAAGUGGGUAUGAUGCUUGGAGUAACACUAUAACUGGAUUUUGGCCUCCAUGCUGUUAUAGUGAAGUUAAUAGGAGACAGUUUGUAUUUCUUGCUCUACUAGUGUGAAAGGGAGCUAUCUGUAAAGUUGGAUGAUCACAUGAUCCAUACAUUUUGGUGAUCACGUGAAACUGUGUGUGCCUUGAAUGCAACCCACAUCCCUCUAGUCACUGGUGUUGAUUAUAUAGUCCUCCAAAAGCUAGCUUUGUAUCAUAAAGCACCAAAGGUUUUGUUAGCACUCAAGCGCUGAUGUGCUACCCCAAACACAAUCAGGUGAGAUAUUCUCAGACAAGAAUCACCAACGCAUUUGACAGUGCCCCUGCAGCAAUGUUCUUUGUGAAUGAGUCCUUUAUAGCUAUAUUCAGGCGGAGUGGCUUCUCGGAUUAGCUGCUGAACCCUGGAGAUUGUGUAGGGAAAUAAUAAAAUGCUAAUGCUUGGUUUUUUUUUUCUGCAGGUUUUGGCAGAUUAUAAUACCGUUAAUGAAUUGCCUUACCUUGAUAUGGUGAUCUCUGAGACAUUACGCAUGUAUCCUCCUGCAUUCAGGUAACAGUGAUAUAAAUCCAAGGAAUGCGUCUUGUUAUUCCAUUAAUAUAUGUAUAGUAUUUUAACCGGGAACUAUCACUUACCAGUAUUUUUAAUCUUAUCUUUACUUAUUCACUAAGUUUGUGAGUUAUGUUUGUGAGGUCUGAAAAAUUUAAUUAAAUGUAGAAAUUCAUACCGCUGCAACAGCUUGGUUGACAAUAUGUUAAAAUCUAUAUCAUCGUAUUUACUCAUUAAGCAUAAAUUCUUGUUUGAUGACCAGGUUUGCCCGGGAAGCUUCUCGUGACUGCACAGUGAUGGGUUAUAAGAUCCCUGCAGGAACUGUUUUGGAAGUCCCUAUUGGAUGUUUGCAUAAUGACCCCAAAUUUUGGUCAGAGCCAGAGAAAUUCCAGCCUGAGAGGUAAAUGAUACAAUUAAUUUGAACACCUUAUUCUCACCCCUUCAUUCCAUAAGCCUCAUAGACACUGUAGGUAUUUAAUAAAAUAAUCAAUUUGAAACAUUCACUUGCGCUAAUAAAAUAGACAAUUUAUAAAAGCAGAGGUCGUUCAGCUAAUUGAUAUUUGUCUUUUCAGUGUUCUCUUACACCCUGUUUUGACUUACCAUAAUGAUGGUGUGCUGGAAAUAAUGGCCACAAUUCAAAAUAUGAUUCAUACAAUAAACAUUACAUUGAAUGCAUCAUAGCUGAAUGCAAUGAAUAAUGUAAAAUGAUUUGAUAAAUCUUAUUGUCAAACAAUUGUGCAGAACCCAGCUUUGAAUGCUUUGACUGAGAAAUUAUCUAAUGGCAGGUUCACAGUGGAAGAAAAACAGAAGCGCAAUCCAUUCGUAUAUUUGCCAUUUGGAGCAGGGCCUAGGAGCUGCAUUGGGAUGAGACUCGCUAUCCUAGAAACUAAGAUUACACUAUUCCGUGUGCUUCAGAAGUUUCGUUUUGAUACAUGUCCUCUAACUCAGGUAAAACUGCAAUAUAAAAGUAUGUUUAUAGACAAGACCGCCCUAAGAUUGUAAUGCUCAAACUUUUUUGUUUGAAAAUCAUAGUGGUAAAACUCAAUUCCAUGGGAACUAGAGCACGGUGCUGUGCUGUUUACUGUUUUAUUAAAAACAAAGUGUAAAACAUGAAUCCGCAAAUAUAUGCUUGUUCUGAGCCAGUACAGGGUUAAUCAUUAUUGUCUCAAUACCAUGUUUUUUGUUACACAAUUUUACAAAAAAAGUUCAUUAAGUCCAAAUGUCCAUUUUUUUAUGCUGUUGAUCUAAAAGAAGGCAAUCCCCCCUCCCCCCAAAAAACAAUUGUAGCAGUUUCCAAUUACACCACAAAAAGGGUCUCAAUAAUGACAAUCAGAUUUCUCCUUGGAUCAACAACCUGUUUACAUACAUAUCAAUUAUAUGAAAUGUUAAAAGAACUAAACUGGCUGUCACAGGAAUCAACAUGCACCCUUCAUCUUUCCAGCCUUGUGUUUAAGAGCUUUUCUGGGAAGCUCCCACCCUACCUCAGCAGAAUGCUCUCCCCAGCUGUUCCCACCUCCUAUAACCUCCGAUCCUGUACUAGCACUUUAUUUAGUCUACCUUAAUACAAAAAGAAAGCAGCCGAUCCUCCUUUUCCUACAGAGCAUCGCAAUUAUGGAACAACCUCCCGCACACUUUCAAAUCUUCCCCAAGCCUAAAGUCCUUUAAGAGAUCCCUUUCUACAUACCUCAAAACAGAAGGCACUUGUCAUUGUUGAUUAUAUAUUUCUUACCUAUUCUAUGUUAAAUUUUGUAUAUAUUGUGUAUUAGUAUUGUUUUUGGAUUUUAUUGUACCCUAAUUAUAACAAUGCAAUGAUUUGUGGGCCCAGGACAUACUUGAAAAUGAGAGAAAUCUCAAUGUAUAAUUCCUGGUAAAAUAUUUUAUAAAUAAAUAUCCUUGAAUAUUCUGUUUAUGCGCAAAAACAUCACCCAAGCCUUUUUUUAAAUUUAUCUAUAGAUUCUCAGAACAGAACCUUUACAACUUAUAGGCAGAUAAUAUCUAUAGAAUCUAAUAAGACAGCAAAUUCCACAUCUUUAUUGUCCUUACUGUAAAAAGCCUUUUCCUCUGCUCUUCUAUUGAAAGAGAAAGUGUUUUUCUUCCAGUCUCAAUGGAUGACCUCUUGUCUAUUGUAUAGGUUGCACAUAGCGGUUUGUACUGACACUUGAUAUAUUUGUAUAGUGCUAUCAUAUCCCUUGGAGGUGCCUUUUUUCUAAAGAAAACAAUUCCAGUUUCUCUAGCCUCUCCUCAUAACCAAUGUUUACCUAUCCACAUUACUAGUUUUGUAGCUUGCCUCUGUACUUUUUCGAGUGCUGCAUUAUCCUUCAUUAAAACUGGUGCCCAAAAUUGCACUGCAUAUUCAAGGUGGGGUCUUACAAUUGAUUUAUAAAGAGGCAAAAUGAUAUUUGGAUUAGGUGAAGCAAUACCCAUUUUUAUACACAAAACCACCUUGCUAGCUUGUGCAGACCAGCAUUGCAUACUGUUGCCCAGUUUGUGAUCUAUAAUUAUUCCCAAGUGCUUUUCAUUUAAUGUUAUGCCCCAUUUAAUGUAUAAGUGGCUUGUGAGUUUCAUGACUUUGCAUUUAUCUGUAUUGAAUCUCAUCUGCCUGUUGCCUCCCCAGUCCCCUAAUUUAUCCAAAUCCCUCCCUUUGAAGUUAUAUCAUGUUCAAAUAGUUUUUUCUUACCUAGUUUUGUGUCAUCUGCAAACACAAAAAAUGACUUUCAAGUCCACUUCAGGAUCAUUUAAUAAGAGAUUAAAGAAAGGUUGAUCUAGCACAGAACCCUGAGGCACUCAAUUACCACUUUUGUCCAAUUGGAACAUUUCCCAUUUACAAUUACUUUCUGCAUGCUAUCAUUAACCCAGUGUUUUAUCCAAGAACACAAAUUUACAUUUAAACUAACUGAUUUCAGUUUUACUAGUAACCUUUUCUGUGGAACUGUAUCAAAUGCUUUAGCAAAAUCCUAGUAGAUCACAUCUACUGGAACAUCCUGAUCUAUAUUUCUUCUAACUUCUUCAUAUAAUGAAAUAAAGUUAUUCUGGAACGACCUGUCUUUCAUUUCCUGCUAAUUAUAUUUUUGUUCAAAAUAAAUUAUUGAAUAUUAUCCCUUAACAGCCAUUCAAAUAAUUUCCCAACCACAGAUGUUAAGCUCACUUGUUUGUAGUUUUUGGGUUGGGCUUUUGAACCCUUUUUAAAUAUAGACACAUCAUCUGCUUUUCUCCAAUCCCCUGGUACAGUUACUGAAAGAAAAGAAUUCUGAAAAAAACAACAGUGGUAUCAUAUUUCUACACUAAGCUCCCUAAGCACACAUGGGUGAAUACUAUCUGGCCCUGGAGCAUUGUUUACAUUAACUUUAUUUCAUUUCUGAAGCACUUUAUCCUGUGUUAAACAGCGGACUGUUUGUUGUAAAUAUUGUAACUGGGCUACCACACGGUCUCAAAUGCAACAUAACCAACCUGGCAAAUUUCAGUUUGAAAAAACUGAAAAAUGGAAUGUGCUAUAUUUGACCCUUUAACUUUCCAAAACACCGUAAAAACGGUUAAUGGGUAUUGUUGUACUCAUGAGACUUUGCUGAAUCCAAAUAUGUGUUUUUUUUUUUGCAGUUAAAGCUAACGGUAUUAUGACAUUUACAGCUAAAAUGUCUACAACUUUUUUAAAAAAUCUUAAUUUCUCACAGUUUUUUAAAUUUUAUUCAUAAUAAAUUAUGUUUCAAAUAUGAAUAGUUCAUGAGAAAUUAAAGCCCAGUUUCUCCUGAACAAAAUGAUAUAUAAUACGUGUGGGUGCACUUAAUAUGAAAGGGGUGAAUUACGGUUGAACAGACAUAUAGCGCAAAUACCAGUUUUUGUUUACAUUUAGCUUUGAUCAGAACGUGUACUAUUGACUCCAUCCUGAAGGGGUUAAUAACAAUGCCCUUCAUUUUUCUUUUGUAAAUAAAUAGCUAUAUUCUGAUAUUACAUCUAUCUCCUUAAAAAAUUAUAAAAAUUUAUUGCGUAGAUGGAUACAUUGAAGUGGUUGCAUUUCAUGCAAUUUUUGUUUAACUCUAUAAUAACCCUAAGUUUUAGGAAAAUACAGCAUCUAUGUUUCAUAAUAUUUUUCCACGCUCUCUUUUCUUCAGAUUCCUCUCCAGAUCAGCACCCUAUCUACUCUACGGCCAAAAGAUGGCGUGUAUGUAAAGUUGGUUGCUCGCUAGCUCCUACUACAAUCAAACAGGCUCCAGUUUGCAUCUCCUCAUGAAUCAACAUAACUGUGUACUAUGUGUGUGCUUUAAAUUAGGCUGCUGGGAAAUCUACCUCCAGCAAGGUUGCCGAUCCUUGUCUUAGUAAACUGAAGUUUACACAUUUUUAAUCAAUACAUGUCUAUCCAAAGGACAUUCUAGGCACCUUAAAUCAACACUAUAGACACCCAGACCACUUCAUCUCAUUGAAGUGGUCUGUGUGCAGUGUCUAUGUCAUUUUAUCCCUGGAAUGUAAACACUGCAGUUGCAGAGAAAUUUCAAUGUUUACAUUCCAGGGUUAAGCCUACCUCUAGUGGCUAUUACUAGAGUUGCCUCCUGGCCUUUCAUGGAGUUUGACUUUGUACAACUGCAAUGGACAUCCUCACUCUUUUUAACUUUUUUAGGUUAGUUGUGUAUGUGUUUAAAUCCUUUUAAGCUCAUUUGAUCAAGGCCUUCUUCACCUCUUGUCUCUGUUAAUAUUCUCUAUGCCAAAUAUCCCGUUCUAUAAUUGUGAAGCACUGCAGGAUUUGUUUACGUUAUAUAUAUAUAUAUAUAUAUAUAUAUAUAUAUACCGUAUAUACUUGAGUAUAAGCCGAGUUUUUCGGCACAUUUUUUGUGCUGAAAAACCCCAACUCGGCUUAUACUCGAGUCAAUGUCUGUAUUAUGGCAAUUUACAUUGCCAUAAUACAGACCAGGACCGCCGGGCUCAUUACAAGCCCGGCGGUCCUGUUGGGGGCUGACCGUGAGCUGUUACUUACCUUCCUGCAGCUCCUGUCUGCUCCCUUCUCCUCCGUGCAGCUCCUCUGUUAGCUCCGUUCUGCUCCGUGCUGCUCCGUGCAUAAAGAGCUGGCCCCAGGUAUUACUACUUCAGAAAAUGAAUUUUAUAUGCCGUUAAAAGUUACAUGAGCUUUAAAUAUUUAAUAAUAUAUGAAUUUGGGUAUUUGUAGUUUCUUCCAAUUCAGCUGUUCUAUAUGAUAUUUAUAUCUAUAUUACAUUAAUAUGUGCUGAUGAGCCAUUAAUGGCGGUGAACGAAUUACAGUUGCAAGAACAAGCUCUUACCAUUAUCGGUUACUUAAUGAAAGACAUUAUUUGUGUCUCAAGUUUAGGUGUUUAGUCCUUCUGAAGACAGGUUAUCAGGAUUUUAAUGGUAUCAUUGAACUCUAAAAGUUCUCUUACACCCAGGGCCGGCCUUAGGACUUCAGGCGCCCUGUCCAAAAAAUAUUCACAGCGCCCUCCAUGGUCACAUGCCCUCGUCCAUCUUGUAAAAAGUGCUAAGCCUCCAUUACAUAGGUGUUACAUAUUAAUGUGAUUUCUGGGCAUAUCAUGCAUAUACACGUAUAUUAAUACAUUUGUAAAUAUUAUAGGCGUAAUAACACAUAUAAUAAUAAUAAUACACCCAUAUUAAUAUACAUGUAUAUAUAAAUAUUACUCUCAGAAAUUAUGUUUAAUUGUACUUAUUAUGGUACACACAGUUUCUGGUCUUUUUAAAGAGCAGAACAUUCUAGAUAUAUAUGGGCUAGAAGAAUUCCUCCCACAUGUAUAAAUUUGGGAAAAACAAACCUAUGUAAAAGUACACUCUAGCAUUAGGAGUAAAAACGUAUUUCUAACAAGACUGUCCUGUCUCCCUGAAGUUGCCAUGCCAUUAUGUUGUGUGUCGAAUAGGGAUUCAGUGUGUGUAAGGAAAACAGUGUGGUGUGGGAUAGGGUUGUAGUGUGUGUGUGUGUGUGUGUGGCAACUGACAUUUAAUGUGGAUAAGUGCAAGAUAAUGCAUCUUGGACGUAAAAACCCAAGGGCAGAGUACAGAAUAUUUGAUAGAGUUCUAACCUCAACAUAUGAGGAAAGGGAUUUAGGGGUGAUUAUUUCUGAUGACUUAAAGGUAGGCAGACAAUGUAAUAGAGCAGCAGGAAAUGCUAGCAGAAUGCUUGGUUGUAUAGGGAGAGGUAUUAGCAGUAGAAAGAGGGAAGUGCUCAUGCCAUUGUACAGAACACUGGUGAGACCUCACUUGGAGUAUUGUACACAGUACUGGAGACCGUAUCUUCAGAAGGAUAUUGAUACCUUAGAGAGGGUUCAGAGAAGGGCUACUAAACUGGUUCAUGGAUUGCGGGAUAAAACUUACCAGGAAAGGUUAAAGGAUCUUAACAUGUAUAGCUUGGAGGAAAGACGAGACAGGGGGAUAUGAUAGAA